UUGCUCUAGGAACGACCUCUCGCAGUCAGCGACCUUGAAGACCUGACUCCUAGCCUCAGCCCUCGACGAAGGAGAACCAAGACAAUGAGGCUCAUCGAAUCCCUCGUCUGUGGGCUCACCGCCCCUCUGGGCGUAUUCGCUGGUUGCGUGGACGAUAAGUGUCUUCGAGCCGUCGCCAAGACCCCCAAUGCUGGCCGGAACGGGACGGCCGACUGCGAGGCCUAUCUGCGGUUCACGACCACAGUCACGGCAGUCGAGACAGUCACGGCAUCGACGGAAACGCUGGUCCGCGACCAGACCACCACGGUGGCACAGACACUAACGGUCGUCGAGACCGUCACAGCCACGCAGACAGUCCCGCCAGCCAGCAGCGGCAGUGUCGUCUUCGUCAGGGCAGCAGCAGCCAAGGCAUCCGAGAAGAAACCGGAAAUCCCGCCCUAUGCUCACGGACACUGCCGGUCGUUCGAGCAAUACCAGUCGGCGUGCUCCCGGAUCGGCGUCCUGCCCACCACCAUCACGGUGGCCGGCGCGACAGUCCAGACCUCGGUCACCGCCACGACGGUCGUGACAAGCGUGGUCACGGUCCCGACGACAAACGCCGCGGUGAGCCUCACAACAACGGCCACGGCCACGGUCACGGCCACAUCCACCCCGGAGACCCCCAACAUCGUGCCCAACGGCGGGUUCGAGAGCGGCACGCUCGACGGGUGGACGGUCGCCGACAACACGACGGGCGAGGUGGUCAGCCCGGGAUCCCACUCGUCGUUCUGCCUCCGGCUCGGGCCCAUGGACGGCGGGGGCCGCGAGACGGGCCCCUUCCCGCUCCACCAGGUCCGGACGACAGUGUCUGCGACCCGCGGCGCAAACUACAGCUGCAGCUUCGAGUGGGCGUUUGAGAGAUACGUCCUCAGUGCGAUGAACCAUUUGCCCGCGCUCUACGUGUACGUGAACGGCGCCAUUGUAGCGACUCCCUUCAUGCGUGGACAGCCCGAGGUGUGGCAGACUUGGCGGGCGCAGUUCAACUAUACUUCCAUGGGCGAGGAUCUGCUGGAGUUUAUGGCCUAUAGCGCCCAGGACGCGUCCUCGAGGGGGGAGAAUUACUUCAAGCUCGACAAUGUCGUCUGUGUCCCUGCCGCCUAGGUCUGCAUGCGGGCACGACUGUCUGAGUCAUGGAUCGGAAGUGGUUGUUGGGUUUAAUACUGAGAACGUGGUUGAAUAUGUCGCACCAGAGUCGGGAUAUGCUAGGAUGGUAGUGACUGAGGGAGGAUGACCAUUGCGAGAUAUAUAC